UCAUGGUUUACUUCCGGAGUCAUGGUUGUCAUGUUUCGGAGGCUCAUGGUCUGUUUCUGUUCGGGGGUUCCUCCUUCUCCAGGGCUGAAUUUUCCCCAAAUAUCCUGGAAGCUCGCGGACCAAAGAAAAAAAUCUUUCCUUCACAAGACAGCUCUUCACAUACUAAAAGCAGCUGGCAUGUCCUGCAUCUUCUCUAAGCUAAGUAACCUUAAUUCUUUCCACCAAACUUUAUAUCACAUAGACCUAAGGCCCUGCUCAUCCUGGUUGCCUUCCUCUGGAUAAUUUUCAGCUUAUUGACGUCUUUUUAAAACUGUGUUGCCCAGAAUUGAACAUAGUAUGCCAGAUAAAGUCUAACCAGGGCAGAAUAUAAGACUGUUACUUCCUGAUUCCUGAUACCUGUGCUUCUUUAUGCAGCCCAAAAUCUCAUUACCUUAAAAAAUUUUUUUUUAAUUUUAAUUUUUUUUAUAUUAACUUUUUUUGGCUCCCACCACUAACUCAUUCAAUAGGCAUUUACUGUGUGCCAGGCAUUAUGUUAAGUGCUAAGGAAAUAAAAGAGAAAAAUAAAGUUAUUUUUGCCCUCAAGGAACUAAUAUUCUAACGAGGAAGACAAUAUACACACAUAUUAGUUUUGGAGAGGGGAGGGAACUAGUAACUCGGUGUGGGUAGUCAGGAAGAGCUUCAGGUAAAAGGUGACAUAUAGGGACAUAGGCAUGGAGGUAGGAGCUUGGAGUGUCAUAUAUACAGUCCAGUGAGCAGGCCAGUAUGGUUAGAUCAUAGAGUGUGAGGAGAAGAGCAGUGUGUAAGAAGAAUGAAAAUAUAGGAAUGGGUCAGGUUGUGAAGAGAUUUAAAUGUCAAACAAAGGAGGUUAAAUUUGAUUUUAGCAGUAAAUAAAGAGGGAAAGCUAGUUGUUUCAGUAGAUUGAGAGCCAGGCCUGUAGAUAGGAGGUCCUGGGGUCAAAUUGAUUUUAGGUGCUUCUUGACUGUGUGACUCUAGACAAGUCACUUAAUAUCAAUUCUAAGACAGGAGGUAAGAGUUUUUUUAAAAAGUAAAUAGGGACCCGGUAAUAUGAUCAGAAUUUUAGGAAUAUUACUUUGGAAGUAGUUUGGAAUGGGGAGAGGCUUAAGGAGGAAUUGAGCUUGUAUUCCAUUAAAACUCCCAGAUCUUUUUUUAGACAAAAUGAUUCUCCUAUCCAGAACUUGAGAAGUUGAAUUUUUGUCCCUAUUCAGAUUAGAUUUUGCCCAAUACUCUAGCCCAGUGAUGGGGAACCAGGUGCCAUCCCCCCCCCACCCAAGAGACUGAAUCCCUUUACCCCAGAUGGGAGGAGAGAGGGGAGUGGCCUGGGUGCUCCAUUCAGGGGAGGGAGUAAGCACUUCCAUUGGUCUUCUGGGCAAAGACAUGAUGGAGAGGGGGAAGGGGACUUUUUUGUCUGAGUUCCUCUGCUUUUCUAGUAACUAAUUCUGCCAGGGAUGGAGCACAUACCCACAGAGAGGUCUCUGUGUGCCAUCUUUGGCAUGUGUGCCAUAGGUUCACCAUCACGGUUCUAGCCUAUCAAGAUGUUUUUGCGUCCAGACUGUUAUCCAAUGUGUUAGCCAACCUUCUCAGGUUUGUCUCAUCUCCAGAUUUGAGAAGCAUGCAUGCCAUCAAUGCUUUUAUCCAAGUCAUUGGUGAAACUGUUAAACAGCACAGGGCCACAUGGAUCCCUGAAGUACUCCAUUGGAGACAUCCUACCAUAUCAACAUUUAAUCAUGGGGGUGAGUUACUUUUCUUCUCUCAGCUUCAGAUUCCUCAUCUGUGAAAUGGGGAUAACAAUAGCACCUACCUUAGAAGGUUGUUGUGACUAUCAACUGAAAUGUAGAAAGUGCUUUGCAAACUUUAAAAUACUGUCUAAAUGCCAUAUGUUAUUGCAGUCCCACCACCACUGCAACUAUUACUACUACCAUGGUUAUAAUAAUUUCCAGCUAGAUAUAUGGUUCUUACUUUAUAUAUUUUUAUUAUUAUCAUCUACUCCAUAUCCAUAUUCUUUACAAUAAUGACAUAUUAAAAAUAUUUUUUAACCAGUUACAUGUAAUAACAAAUUUCCAUGCAAGUUUUCCUAAGUUAUAUGAUUUAACUUAGUCUGUCCUCCCCUUUCUUGGGAAUGGCAGGUGAUUCAAUCUGCAACCUCCUUAUUUUAAAGUUAAGGAAAUAAGCCCACUAAAGAAGUUAAGUGAUUUCUCCAGGGCCACACUUGUAUUAAGUGGUAGAAUGGGAUUUAAACUUUUCCAUUCUACUAUAUUGCUCAUUUGAAUUGAGUACCUCGAGACUACAUACUGUCAACUUACUUUAAAUGUAUGUAGUUUAGACUGCUCCAAAUUUCUUCACGUUAUUUUUAAAAUGGAUUUUAUGCUAGAUCUCUGAGCAUGCUGCCCUGUAGUUUUCAUGGAGAGAGUUGGGUACCUCUCAAGAAGAAAAAUUGGGACAAGGUUGUGAAUUAUUUGGAGGAGGAAUUCAUGUCUCUCAGAUCACCUAGCUGGUGGGAGCAUAAAGUUCACCUUCCUAGUUGUUACCUGCUCUACCAAUUCCCAGGACACUUGCUUUCCUUUUUAGUAGGUUUAGUUCAUAGUUUUAGUAAGUUCUGAAUUCAUGGUUUCCUUCUCCAUGCCAAUUCCUACUUGAAGAUUUCAACAUACACAUUAAAUAUUAAAGUCCUCUCUAAUAUCCUAAAUUCCUAGUUCCUCAAUCUACUCAAAUCUCAUAAAGAUUUCUACACCACAUCCUGGGCUGGUAAAUCUUAGAUUUUGCCAUCACACAGAAGCAUUCUAUUUGUAUCAGUCAGCAAAUGCACAGGCAUUUCUUCUGUGGCAGACACUAUACAAGGCACUGGUGAUAUAAUACAAAGAAUGAAAUUCCCUGUUUCCAAGGAGCUGUUAGAUUUAAAAUGGUUGAAGGCCUUAAACUGUAAGUUAAAAGAGUGAUGUUGUAAACUGUAGUGAGUUAAAAUGGUGGAAGAUAUAAAUUGUGAUAGAUAUAAGAGAGGGUGAGUAAAUUUGACCGCAGAAAAUAUGUUUCACUACAGUGUCUUGGUUUUUAAAUCAAAUAUAAGGUGGUCGCCAGGGAAAUAUUCCCAAUUAUUCAAAUACCCAAGUCAACUGGGUUUUAUAGAGAUUUUAAUUAAUACAAAUGUGGAAUUAAAGAAAAGAGAGAAAGAGAGAAAAAGGAAAUAAGUAUGAAGGGCCUUAAGCCAACAUGGCCUAGACCUGAGUCUUAAGAGAGAGAGAUCAGUCAGUCAGUCUUUUAACACUCACCACAAGGUCUGCCUAAGCAAGGAUUCUAGUGACACCAGGCCAGCUUCUAUCUCAGCUGACUUCACCAGAGAGAGUUCCAGCCAGAGUCCUCCUUAAAGAGCCUUCCAGCCAGAGACUGUUCCAAAGGGCCUUUCUCCAGAGCCUCCAGAGGGACAGAGUCCUCUCAGAGGAGCUCCAGCGAGACCUCCUUAGAGAUUGUCCUCCAAGAGCUUCCCUUCUCCAGAGCUUCUCUCAAGAGAUUCUUCCCAAGCAAUCCUCAUCAGAGAUCCUCCAAAAGGAUUUUUUUUUCAAGAGAUUCUGCUUUUUCUUAUAUAGGGGUUUUUCUCCUAUGUCACCUCCCCUAAGUCCUUACAUCUACCAAUCACUGUAGACGUUUUCCAAAGGACUGCCCAUCUGAAUUCCUGCUAAGUCGACUAAUCUCCUCAGUAAGUCUGAACCAGAAAAAAUGCUGCUGUGUCGACUAAUCUCCUCAGUAAAUCUGAACCAGUGAAAACACAGCUGAGUCAACUAAUCUCAUUAAGAGAAAACUUGCCCGACCCUUUUAGGUACCUAGCAUCUCAUUGUAUCAAUGCUAAAAAACAGGCAUGGCUCAAAGAACUCCUUGCCUUAUUAUAAGCAUGGGUCCAAGUACUUUCAUUGUUUAGCAAGGAGUUUUCUCCCCGAAAGCAGUCUUAAGUACGGGUGGAGUAGAGGUCCUCCCAUAGCAAGGAUUUUUCUCCCCUAAAGCAGUCUUAAGUAGGGGUGGAGUAGAGGUCCUUCCAUUUCUGAUCCUGGCGAGUUCUCACAUCAUGGGGAAUGUUUCCCAGUAGGGAAUUUGUUCCAAUGGAGGAUUCCUCAAUGUGGAAAUUUUUAACAUUCACAAGUCUGAGAAAUUUCAAGAUUUACAGAGCUUACAUUAUACUGACAUGAUCUCUGAAAUCCCUUUCUCCAGUUGUUAAGUUUUAUAUAAACUACUUAUUUUAAAGCUCUAUUUCACAAAGUUAAUUUAAGUGUCAAGUAAAAUAAUGAAUAUACUUGGUAACCAUUGAACACUAUAUAAGUGUAAACUCUCGUAAUGCUUUUUUCAAGAUGGCCUUGAAGAUAAUCUUAUUUUAUCAUAGCCUUCUCUCUCUGAGUUAUGAAUAUAAUGGAGAAGGCAGCAUUAAAAUAUUCUUAAUAAUAAUAAAUUAUAAUUAAUAAAUCUUUUUAUUGACCUCUCUAGACUCUUUUGAUCUUUGAAUGAAUUUAUCUCCCCAGUAACAGUCAACAUGCCAAGAAUGCUUUUGUCCAAUGCAAUUUAUUUAUUGUCUCAAAAAGUUUUGUCUUGGGCCUCAUUCUCUCCCUCUAGUCAUUCACUUAACUUUCCCAAGAAUGUCAUGAGAAUUCCAUGAAGAAAAGGACUUCCUGGAAGUAUGAGUAUGUUCUCUACAUGUUUUUUCCAAGUGGGAGUCCACUUUCCCUUGGAAUAUUGUGCCCCCAAUUUGGGCAGUGGGAGUUAUCUUCUGAAACAACUAUCCUUGAUAUAUUUUGUUGUUAUUCAGUCAUCAAACUCAUCAUGAUCUCAUUUGGAGUUUUCUUUUUUCUUUCUUUUUUUAAAAACCCUUAGGAGAAGAGCAGUAAGGGCUAAUGUGAAGAUGGGAUUAGCUCUCCCUUCAUCUACUUUUAAAUUUAAUCACCAGAAGUGUAUGCACCCUACUUAAUGCCUAAGUGGGGGAGGUCCACAAUCCACUUGCUAAAGUGGGUCACAACUCAGUAAUGACUGACUGCCCCCUGGGCAGUCCUAAGCAAAAUUAUGGACAGCAAUUAGUCCCUGUAAUGUGGAGGAAGGGACAGGAAGUGAUGUGGAAAAAGCACUAUAAAAACCCUGAACUUCCUGUCCAAAUACGUUUUCUCCUUCGAACUUGGCCUUGGAGGAGAACCAGCUUGGGGACCUUGGCUUGGACUGCUUCUGAUGAGGAAUUGACAGAGUGAAAUGACUUGUCUGAGGUCACAGCAAGUAAAUGUUUGAGACUGGAUUUGAACUCAGGAAGACAAGUCUUAUUGAUCUAGACCUGGUACUCAUUCCUGAACUGACCCCAAAGAAAUGACCAAGGGAAAAUAAUGAAAAAACACACCCUACCUACUGGGAAGUAAACCUCCACCUAAACUUACAAGUUUAAAAUGGCUGCAGCUCUGACUCUCUCAGCUCCUGAGGAGCAGGAGGAAUUUCUGACAGUGAAAGUGGAGGAGGAGGAUCACAUGUGGGUGCAGGAAACUGGCCUGCAGAGGAGUAACCCUUAUACUAGCGAGAUAUUCCGGAGGCGGUUCAGGCAAUUCUGUUACCAGGAAACCCCUGGGCCUCGUGAAGCUCUUCGAAGGCUUAGAGAACUUUGUCUUCAGUGGCUGAGACCAGAAGUGCACACAAAGGAGCAGAUUCUGGACUUACUGGUGCUUGAGCAGUUUCUCAACAUCCUCCCCGAGGAGCUCCAAACCUGGGUGUGGGACCAUCGUCCAGUGAAUGGAGAGGAAGCAGUGACUGUCCUGGAGGAUUUGGAGAGGGAACUUGAUGAUUCAGGAGAGCAGGUUCCAGCUCAUGCUCAUACACAGGAAAUGUUCUUGGAGCAGAUAGUGCCUCUGGAAAUGACACAGGAGUCACUAAAUGUUCAGUUCCAGCCCUUGGGAACACAGAUCCAAUGUAAAUCCCAAGAGAUGCAUCCUCUUAAGGAAAAUGAUGGCAAGAUCACCACUGAGAAUGGAGAGCUAGCUUCAAAGCAGGAAACUUCUGCUGGAAUGGAUAGAAUUGACAAAUUGAAUUGUGAUAUUCUCCAGGGUCCUGAAUGUGGAGACUUGUAUGAACAAGAAGGCAAAUCAGAAAGACAAUGGAGGAACCCUGUAGUGGAAAGACCUUAUAUAUGCAAUGAAUGUGGGAAAAAUUUUACCCAGAACUCCAUUCUCAUUGAACAUCAAAGAACCCACACUGGAGAGAAACCUUAUGAAUGUGAUGAGUGUGGGAGAGCCUUCAGUCAGCGGUCUGGCCUUUUCCAACAUCAGAGACUCCACACUGGAGAGAAACGAUAUCACUGUAAUGUGUGUGGCAAAGCCUUCAGUCAGAAUGCGGGACUUUUUCAUCAUCUCAGAAUCCACACAGGAGAAAAACCCUAUCAUUGUAAUCAGUGUAAUAAAAGUUUUAGCCGGCGCUCAGUCCUUAUAAAACAUCAGCGAAUUCACACUGGAGAAAGACCUUAUCAAUGUGAUGAGUGUGGAAAGAAUUUCAUCUAUCACUGCAACCUUAUUCAACAUCAGAAAAUUCACAUAGUGGUCGAGCCAAACUAGCUCCUUUGGGGGGGGGGGGGCAUUUCUUUGUUACAGGGAACUCCCAGAGAAGGCGACUACUAAUACAGUUUGGCACUUAAUAGCUUUAGAGCAUUGUUCAAGGACACUGAGGUUAAGGGUCUUGUGAAGAGUCACAAAACCAGUGUGUGUCAAAAGUAGGACCUUAACCUAGGUCUUCUUAAUCAUAAGGUGAGCUCUUAAGUCCACCCUGUUGUGCAAUAAGUAGGGUGAAAUGUAUAGACACAAGAAUAGGCAUUUUAUCUGGUGAAUAAUUUCUUUAUUUUACCCUCCUUUAAACAUCAUAAUGAGAGGAUAUUAACUGUGUUUAACUUUUUAGUAUGAUAUUCUUCCAGGAAAACUAGUGGAGAUACCUAAAAUUUCUCUGAGAUAGGUACUUAUUUUAAACAAUGUAUUAAAUAGUGUAAAUGGUUAUUUAAUAACAUAAUAAACUCUUAAGAGGAGCCA